UUCCAACGGAAAAUCCACUUAGUCAACACUAUUACUAAAUCAUUACACACAGUAUCAUAUUUCGACUGCCGAAUUUGAGUAUUGUUUAAUUACAAUAUUUAAAGUAAAAUGCAUUAGUAAGCUAUGAGAUAAAUCUGCUGCAAGGUGUAUAAAAGCUCAGCGCAAUGAUUGGAGCCGCAACAUCUGAGCUUGAUAGUCGCUCCCCCAAGCCGAAUGCCAACUUUGAGCACAACCUCAAGCUGGCCCAGGCCGGCUCAAAAGAUGAGCUCAAUGGAAAAGUAACAACAGCACAAGCAACCGAAACCACGACCGCACCUAUUCCCGCCGACUUGCAGCCCGCCUAUCACAAAUUGUACGCCGAUUGCCAGGAACAUGCCGCCUACUUUGCCAAGGAUCAUACCGAAUAUGGUCAACGCUUGCAUGCCGCACAAAUUGCCUGGCAGGAUUUUAUAGUGCUGGCCAAUCGGCUGGUGCUGCAAAUCGAAGCUUUUGCCCACGAAUAUGACUUUGACGAAUGCACACCGGGCAACGGGUAUCGCAGUUUUAUUUACGUGACCAAUGCGUGCAUCACACAUGGACGCAGCAUUUGCCAGCAGCUGCUGGCCACACGCGCCACGCUCUUCUUUCGCAAGAAGUUCUACAUGAAGGAGGUAGAGGCAUGCUCUCAGUUGCUCUGCUCACUGUGCACCUGUCUGCAGUACCUUUUAAUACUGCGGCAGUGGUCGGUGAAUACGGGCGAUCUACUUGCUAGUGGGCAGCAUACGGCCGAACAGCUCUUCGAACUGGGCGACACCAUUAAUCAGUAUUGUUUCUAUGGACGCUGCUUGGGCUUUCAGUAUGGUGACUCAAUACGCGGUGUACUACGAUUUCUUGGAAUUGGCAUGGCCAGUUACUCCGAAACGUAUUACUCGCAAACGGACAAUGGCAGCAGCACCUUGCUAAAGACCACACGCAGCCUCUGGUCUAGCGGCAAAUAUCUUAUGAAUCCGGAGCUGCGCGCGAGACGUAUUGUAAACAUUUCGCAAAAUGCAAAAAUCGAUUUCUGCAAGUCAUUCUGGUUUUUAGCCGAAUCGGAGCUAAUGCACAAGCUACCCAGCAUUGUGGGUACUUCCAUCAAAGUAAAUCGCAUAAUUGAGCUGCCCGCCGAGCCAAUGCGCUUACCGGCACGUACGACACAAACAAAAAACGUAGCAAACGAAACAGAGUUGCAGUUUGUAGAUAUACCUGUGCCCAGUGCACAUCUUGGACCCGGGCUGCCAGUUUCAGUGCGCUUGCUCAGCGCUAAGCGACGUGCUGGUAUGAUCGGUGAGGGACGCUAUCGAGGCUGGCGGCGACCAGCAGCAGCUUCUAAAUCGAUACUAUUUCACUGCCAUGGUGGCGGCUUUGUGGCGCAAUCAUCAAAGUCACACGAGCUAUACCUACGCGAUUGGGCCGUGGCACUGGAUGUGCCUAUACUUUCGGUGGACUACAGCCUGGCACCGGAGGCACCAUUUCCGCGUGCACUGCAGGAAGUCUACUAUGCUUACUGCUGGCUGUUGAACAACGCACAGCUCUUGGGCACUACCGCAGAGCGUGUAAUAUGCGCUGGUGAUUCCGCGGGCGCGAAUCUCUCCAUUGGAUUGGCACUCAAGUGCAUUGAGCAGAACGUUCGGGUGCCAGAUGGACUGUUUCUGGCCUAUUGCCCAACAUUGGUUAGUUUUGUGCCUAGUCCAGCGCGGCUUCUGUGCCUAAUGGAUCCACUGCUGCCCUUUGGUUUUAUGAUGCGCUGCCUGCGCGCCUACGCAGCGCCUUCCAAUGAAAUGUUGGAGGAGAAUGCCAAGCAUGUGGAACAGCUUGAGCAGAUACGAAACGCACAGGCUCCUAUUGCGGAGGCGGAGAAGCUAACCCAUAGCAUCAGCUCCAGUCGACGUACCUCGACGGCCAAGAGCCCGCUAACACCGCUGGAGCCGCUCAAUCGUUCGGAUGAAGAUGAGGAGACCAGCGAUACUUUUGCCAGCGCUUCGUAUCACAGUCAAACGGUGGAACGUACUGACUUACCCAGCAGUGAUAACAGCGACAAUAGCUCCUGCGUGUCAUUCGAGGACGACUCGCAGCCCAUUGAACAUUAUCCGAUUGAGAUAUCUGCGGAGAUACCCAAAGACGCCGAAUCAGCCGCCUACAUUGAUAGUUUUCUGGAUAAAUAUCUUAUUGAUACCGCCACGAUGGAAGCCACGGAGGAGAACACAAAUACCGCUGUACAAUUACCACUAACGAAUGGACACGCCAAAAGCAGCUCUGAGGAAAACAUUCUUGUUGAGGCGGGUCGUGAGAUAAUUGUGGAUACUCUGCCUGGUCGCUUGCAAGAGGCUGUCAAUAAUAUAAUAAAUCGAUGCACGCAAUCCUAUGAGAUACACGGCACAGGCACAGCUGGUCAGCAAGAUGUGCGCAACUUGGAUGCUUUAAUUGCGCGAAGCCCCAGCGAAGAGUUUGCUUUCGAUGUCCCCAAAGAUCCUUUUCUAUCGCCCUACUGGGCCAGCGAUGAGUGGCUUUCGCAAUUACCAGAGACCAGAAUACUUACGCUGAACAUGGACCCUUGCCUAGAUGACUGUGUUAUGCUUGCCAAAAAGCUGAAGCGACUGGGUCGCCAAGUACACUUGCAGAUACUUGAGGGUUUGCCACAUGGUUUUUUAAAUUUUACGAUGUUGUCCAAUGAGGCAAUGGAAGGAUCAAAACAGUGUAUCAAAUCGCUACAGGCAUUGCUUCAGGCAAGUAUAGAUAACAACGACAAUGGCACCGCAUACAAUGAGACCACCAGUCCCAGUGCAUGCUCUGUUUCAUCGGCAGCGCCUUAAUAACAAUAUAUACUUAUCCUUAUAUACAUAUACUAUAUAUUUAUAUUCCAUAUAUUAAUAUUUAUACACGGUUUGUUAUAUGCAACAUAGACAUGUUGUUUGUGUGGCACAAUUCUUGCUUUUUUGUUCUCAAAUGUUUUUAUACACUUUUAUAUUAUGAAUACGAACACAUUUAGAUUAGCUUUAUAUGUUUUGUAAUGGCAGCUAUACAAAAAGAAUAUAUAGGAUAAAGCUUCUACAUUAACUCAGCCAAUUGUUCAAGUAUUGAGAGCGUGUAAGCACGCUCUAAAAUAUUUAUAAAGUAAGAUACAUCACAAAAUGUACUCCCAAAACUCAUGCAAAGUCUCGAAUAUGUGCCUGUUAUUAACGAGUACUUAUAUGUAAUUUAUAGCGAUAUUUAUCUAUGUAUUUAACUUGACCUUUCGAUAUUAUGGAGGCUUAAAAAGUUCUAUUGAAGCUAAUUUAAUUUGCGAAUAAUCGGCAUUUGACAAACCAGAUUAAAACGUGCAACCUUUGAUUUGUAUGACCGAACACAGCAGGUCGAUUGCUUUAGUUUUAACCAUAGGCCAACUCUCUCUUUAUAUUAACUAUACCCAGUGUUAUGUUAUUAAAUGGUUUU